AAAUAUGAAAAUGGCGGCUUUGUGCAGUGAGUUUCGGGAUCUGGCAGAAAUAAAAAAACAGCUCAUAUCUGUGAUUUUAUUAUGUAAAGAGAGAGGACUUCUACACAGUGCGAAGUGGGCUUCUGAACUCGCAUUUGCCUUGAAACCACUUCCCAAAGAGAAAGUGCCACCUGCGCCUGAGUUUACUGAGGAAGAUGCUGAGGACCUAGAUGCACUGACUCUGGCCAAAUCCUACUUUGACUUGAAAGAGUAUGACCGUGCAGCUUAUUUUCUAAAAGCUUGCCGCAGUAACAAGGCCUAUUUUCUCUAUAUGUAUUCUCGUUACCUGUCUGGUGAAAAAAAGAAAGACGAUGAGACAGUUGACAGCCUAGGUCCUUUGGAAAAGGGUCAGGUGCGCAAUGAAGCCCUACGUGAACUUCGGGUUGAGCUUAGCAAGAAGCACACAGCAUCUGAACUUGAUGGCUUUACAUUGUAUUUGUAUGGAGUGGUACUGAGGAAGCUGGAUCUGCUGAAAGAAGCUGUAGAUGUAUUCGUAGAGGCCAUUCAUGCACUUCCUCUUCAUUGGGGAGCAUGGCUUGAGCUCAGUAACUUGGUCACCAGUACAGAAAUGUUAAAGUCACUGUCCCUGCCUGACUGCUGGAUCCGAGAGUUCUUUAUGGCGCACAUGUACACAGAGCUGCAGAUGAUCAAAGAGGCACUGCAGAAAUACCAGAGUCUGAUCGACGCCGGUUUCGCCAAAAGCACUUACAUCAUCUCACAGAUUGCUGUCGCCUACCACAAUAUCAGAGAUAUUGAUCAAGCCUUGGCCUUGUUUUACGAGUUAAGAGCUCAGGAUCCUUUCCGUAUUGACAACAUGGACACAUUUUCUAAUCUGCUCUAUGUUAAAGGAAUGAAGCCAGAGUUGAGCUUCCUGGCGCACAACUUAGUGGAGAUUGACAAGUACAGAGUAGAAACAUGUUGUGUAAUUGGCAAUUACUACAGUUUGCGCUCUCAGCAUGAGAAGGCAGCCUUGUAUUUCCAACGAGCUCUGAAGCUCAACCCUCGAUGCCUUGGCGCCUGGACCCUGAUGGGACAUGAGUAUAUGGAAAUGAAGAACACAUCUGCAGCUAUUCAGGCCUACAGGCACGCCAUUGAAGUGAACAAAAGAGACUACCGAGCUUGGUAUGGAUUAGGCCAGACAUAUGAAAUUCUGAAGAUGCCCUUUUAUUGUUUGUACUAUUAUAGAAAAGCUCAUCAACUCAGACCAAAUGAUUCACGCAUGUUGGUUGCCCUUGGUGAAAGCUAUGAAAGACUGUCACAACAAGUAGAAGCCAAAAAGUGUUACUGGAGAGCAUAUUCUGUGGGAGAUGUUGAGAAAAUGGCUUUACUCAAAUUGGCAAAGCUUCAUGAACAGUUGAAUGAGUCUGAUGAUGCUGCGCAGUGUUACAUGCUGUACAUCCAGGACAUUUUCUCCUGUGGGGAGCAAUUAGAGCAUGCAGAGGUUAGCACAGCCCUGCGGUACCUGGGCCAGUAUUAUUUUAAGAAUAAACUUUAUGACGAGGCAUCCCUGUGUGCUCAGCGCUGCUGCGACUACAAUGACGCUCGAGAGGAAGGAAAGGCUUUGCUGAGACAGAUUUCACAGGUCAGAGAUCAGAUUGAAACUCCAUCUGCAGAUCUAUUUGCUCCACUGUCAAACAACAACACACCUGUGAGGAGGCUGUCCCCCCUAAACCUCAUCUCUUUCACUCCCUGACAUUAAACA